UCAAAAACCAAGGUGGCAACCAUGGUGGCAACACUAAUUACGCGCUUCCUAUUGUCUAUGCUUCUGUCAAUCUUCCUAAAUUCCUUUUCCGUGUGGCAUGGUGACGACAUAAGGAAGCCAAGAUGCAGAUUUUCGUGAAGACCCUCACGGGCAAGACCAUCACUCUUGAGGUCGAGCCUUCGGACACCAUCGAGAAUGUCAAAGCCAAGAUCCAGGACAAAGAGGGCAUUCCUCCUGAUCAGCAGAGAUUAAUCUUCGCCGGCAAGCAGCUUGAAGAUGGGCGAACCCUCUCAGACUACAACAUCCAGAAGGAAUCCACUCUUCACCUGGUGCUACGCCUGCGCGGAGGAGCCAAGAAACGCAAGAAGAAGAAUUACUCCACACCCAAGAAGAUCAAGCACAAGAAGAAGAAGGUCAAGCUAGCUGUACUCAGGUUCUACAAGGUGGACGAGAACGGCAAAAUCCAUAGACUGCGGCGCGAGUGCACAGGCGAGCAGUGCGGCGCGGGCGUGUUCAUGGCGGUCAUGGAGGACAGGCACUACUGCGGCAAGUGCCACUCCACCAUGGUGUUCAAGGACGACGACAAAUGAUAACCUAGCCCCACCUCCCCUCCGCUCCACUCCGACCGCUGUGUAUGACGGAUUUUUCAAUAAAUCUUGACACAGUGUCAGAGUA